UACACCAUCAAUCCGCCCGAUAUCUCGUACAACGUAGUCUACCUUGGAAAUGUUCUUACCGUACUCGCUGCCGGUGAGAAUUGCUUCGAGAAGCCAAUAUCUCUGAUAUGGAAGGCAUACUGUAGUCGGACUGGUGCUGAUCUCAGCAUGGGCCUGGAGAUAACAAGAUCCGGAUUGAAAGCGGAAACGAAAGAGCAGGGCCUGACGGAGUACUGGGCACAUCGAAUCACCUCUUCCGCAGCUCUUCCACAUUAUCCCAAAGUUUUCUGUUGGAUCUACAAGCAUGACGGUAAACGACUGAAACCUGAACUGAGAUGUCAUGCCGUGUUGUGUAAGCGCUCAUCAGAUCCACAGACAAUGCACACAAAAUUGCAGGAUUACUUGCAUGCCGCACUUCAGGAGUAUAGACGCGAGAAACUUUCUGUACAAAAUGCUCGUCUCACCGGAAUGACUGGUUGUCCGCGGCGGAAAAUGAUGCUUCAUUCCGGUAGCCUCAAUUUUCGCCCACCUGUGUGCCGCUCAAAAUCGGCUCCACGUUUAGGGAGUAUUGACGAAGAGCAGGAGGAAGACGAAAGCGAUAGUGAUUCCGUUUGUUAUCAUGCAGCCCCAGAAAUGACCCCAAGUGUUUCGGAAAGCUCCACAAAUGAUCAGUCAGCUGAUUCGUCAUUGGAAAAUACUGAAGACGCGUCGGCCUACCCGGCUGACUCAUGUUGUGGUUUCUUGGAAGAGGAGCAAUGCCAGAAAAGGCUGAACUCCUUCGAAUUUGACAGCAUCUCUGACGAAAGCGGAUACCAUGAGGAUAAGCUCCUGCGGGGACUUUCGGAAGAGUCCUAUUACUCCGACGGGGAGCUAGUAAUGCUUGAAGAAGACUACGAGGAUCGUGACGAGCAGAUGACAUCUUUGUGA